CAAGUGCUCAAUCCGAUAGGACUCCUACCAAAACGAAAUACCAAGCACACAUGGGAAAUAUAAAAUGGAACCAUGCAUGCCGUUCCUUUUCACUCAAACCUGACCCCGUCCUCCCUCCUCAUAAUGCGCGAUCUACCCAUCGAAAUCAUCAACACUGUCAUCCAGAAUGUUUCAUCCGUAACUGAUCUCCUCCAGUUGCGCUCUUUAAACAAAGCGUACCGAGAGCUUGUCACACCCAUCGCAUUCAGCAAACUUCACGUGAAAAAUAGCAUCCAGAGCGCACAAAACCUCCAGCAGAUCAUUGCUGCCGCCAACCUUGCUCCCUAUGUUCGGGAAGUCGUCUACGAUUCUCGUGACGAUAAAUGUUUCCAAUUCCCCCCAGAAAACAUUGAAAUCGAGGACAUGUUGGAAGUCGCCGACCUUGAAGAAGCCUUGACUGAGGCUUUCUGCGCACUUGAUAGACUCCCCAGACUUGAAUGCAUCGCCGCGAAUUUUUGGCCAACAUUCAUCUCCCAGUCUGGGAAGGAAAUCCGCGAGAGCCCACCCAUUCUGGUUUACGAGUCGGCAGCUCACGUCAUGAUGCCUGUUUCAUGCUAUGACUUUGUCUCUACCCUCACAAACUCGCCCCUGUCCCAUCUUUCGCUAUCCGUCGAGAUUAAUGGAUCACUUGGCGCACUCCUGCCAAUUUCCAAUCCCACACUCAAAUCACUCGAGCUACGUAGCCCCCAGGGCCCCUACCACAGCCUGGAAACCAAGCUUUCAUCAUUCCAUUAUCCGUCGCUCGAAUCGCUCGUGCUCGAAAAUACCGUCUUUGAUCAGAUGUCCUCUCCUGAUGGCGUCGAAGACUGCAAUCAUGCGCAAGCAAACCCGUCAGUCGAUGCCAGGCUGUGGUCAAGCAUCUGGCAACGAUGGGCAGCUGAGCUCACCAGUUUGAGAGAGCUUGUGGUGGACGGCGACAGUGGAUAUGUCGUACUCGAUCCUGAGUGGGGCUACGUCACUUAUAAGCCGAUCAGCACCACAGUAGCUGAGGGCGACUCGUCGAGCUUGCAGAUGUUCCAGGAUGCCAUAGUGUCCGCUUGUAAGGUUGUAGCAUCAUCAGGGAAACGUAACUCAUUACACAUGAUUACAGAGUGCUACGAAGCACUCCGUAGCACUCUGUAGCACGAUCUAACCCGCUGAUGAUGAACGUGUAGUUGUAUCAUUUGAUUUACUUGGUCGAACGGUUUGGGUGGUUUCGGACACAUUGUAUAGCAUUUGCAUAGGGCCCUAUCAGGGGCGUUUGAUGCCGCGGAAGCAAUUUACAUCAUUGCGCCAAUGGAAAUAAACAAGAAUGUACAUUUGAAGUUUGUUGUUUGGCGUCUGAGCAUCUUUCCGA